CGUGAUAUUCCCAAUACCAUAAAUUCAACAAAGGGCCCCAAACUAAAACUAAGUUUCUGGUUUCUACUCUGAGCUUGCGAUUCUCAGUCAAUCUGAACCUCACACAAAUCCCCUCAUGAUUUUUGCUUUGUUGGGUCUCAUAUAUACACCUAAUCUUUCAAAUAGUGACUUCCAUUGUCUGAUUUCUCUGUACUAAUCAUUUAUCUCAAUUGGGUUUCUAUAUUUAUCAAUUAUCUCAACUGGGUCGACUCUUAUUUCCACUAGAUCACUCUGGUUCUUGAAAUCUUGGAUUAAUUUCCCUUCUCUGUAAUGGAAAAUUGCACUCUUCUUCAUAGUGGAAAUCAAUUCCAGCCCAAGUUUCCUUUCUUUGCACUUAAGCCCAAAAAGUUUCCUUUUUUUGUAGUUGGGUGUUCUAGAGUUUUGGGUGAAGAUAUAGUCAAGUUAUCUAUAGCUCAUGGCUCCAGCAGAGAGCAAAUGUGGAGGAUUAAAGCCACAGGAAAAAACUCUGGGGAAGCUACAAAUAUAGAUGAUGAAUCGGAUGAUGCUUUACAGGCUACAAUUGAAAAGAGCAAAAAGGUGUUAGCCAUGCAAAAGGACCUACUUCAACAGAUUGCAGAAAGAAGAAAAGUAGUCUCUUCAAUAAAAAGCAGCCUUGAAGAUGCCAAAGGUACUUAUGACAACGGAAAUGGUAGCUUAUCAAAUGUUGAUGUCCGUGGCGUGGAUAAAGACUAUAAUAGUACUUUACCUAGUACUGCUACUCCGCCAAUUGUUGAUGACCUGAAAAAUACACCGGCAGCUAGAAGCCAAGAUUUUGUUGAAAGUAAAAGAGAAGUUAAAAGGGACCUAGCUCAGGAAAGGCAGUCGAAAACAGCUCAAUCCGAUGAAAGGGCUACCCCACUGUCAAGAUCAUCUGUCACACCCAGUCAUCAGACUUCCUCUACCGUAAGUUCUGCCAAAAGAACAUUAUAUGUCCCUCCAGAAACUCCAAAGUUCAAUCAAGAGACAGGCAAAACUUUUGUCGACAUUCCUGGAAAGAAGAUCCAGUCUGAUGUGCCUUCAUUAUUUAAAGAAUCCUCAGCACAAUCCUACAUGGAACAGAAGAGUGAAAAUUUUGAAGGAUCAAGUGCUGAGAAGGCAAACAUAGAGACUGAAGACCCCGAGAAUGUAGAUGAGAAACCCCCUCCAUUGGCAGGAACGAAUGCUAUGAACGUUAUUUUGGUUGCUGCAGAAUGCGCUCCAUGGUCUAAAACAGGUGGACUUGGAGAUGUAGCUGGAGCAUUACCCAAGGCUUUGGCUCGACGUGGCCACAGAGUUAUGGUUGUGGCACCUCGUUAUGGCAACUAUGCUGAACCUCAAGAUUCUGGUGUAAGAAAAAUUUAUAAAGUUGAUGGUCAGGUAUGUUUGACUGCAUUAAUAAGAUGUAGCUUUCAUGUCUGUUGGCAAUUUCAGGUUCCUUGGCAUGUGCCAUGUGGUGGGGUCUGCUAUGGAGAUGGAAAUUUAGUGUUUAUUGCUAAUGAUUGGCAUACUGCUUUAUUGCCAGUUUAUCUGAAAGCUUAUUAUCGUGACAAUGGAAUGAUGAAAUAUACAAGAUCUCUCCUAGUCAUUCAUAACAUCGCUCACCAGGGUCGUGGUCCUUUGGAUGAUUUUUCAUAUGUAGAUCUUCCACCACACUACAUGGACAUUUUCAGGUUGUAUGACCCAGUAGGAGGUGAGCAUUUCAACAUUUUUGCAGCUGGUCUAAAGACAGCGGAUCGUGUAGUUACAGUUAGUCAUGGAUAUUCAUGGGAACUAAAAACUUCCGAAGGCGGCUGGGGAUUGCACGAGAUAAUUAAUGAGAAUGAUUGGAAAUUCCGGGGUAUUGUAAAUGGGAUUGAUACAAAAGAGUGGAACCCUGAGUUGGAUGUUCACUUAAUGUCAGAUGGUUACGUAAACUAUUCCCUGGACACACUGCAGACUGGCAAGCCUCAAUGUAAAUCUGCAUUGCAGAAGGAACUUGGUUUACCAGUUCGCGACGAUGUCCCACUAAUCGGUUUCAUCGGGAGGCUUGACCCCCAAAAAGGCGUUGAUGUGAUAGCUGAGGCAGUGCCUUGGAUGAUGGGUCAGGAUGUACAACUGGUCAUGUUAGGGACGGGUAGGCCUGACCUUGAACAGAUGCUAAGGCAAUUUGAGUGCCAAUACAAUGAUAAAAUUAGAGGAUGGGUUGGUUUCUCCGUGAAGACUGCUCAUCGUAUAACUGCUGGUGCAGACAUUCUGCUCAUGCCUUCUAGAUUUGAGCCUUGUGGACUGAACCAGCUUUAUGCGAUGAAAUACGGGACUAUUCCUGUUGUUCAUGCUGUAGGAGGACUUAAAGAUACUGUGCAGCCUUUUGAUCCUUUUAAUGAGUCGGGAUUAGGAUGGACCUUCAGUAGGGCUGAAGCUAACCAGCUGAUCCACGCAUUAGGAAAUUGCUUACUGACUUAUCGCGAGUACAAACAGAGUUGGGAGGGGCUUCAGAGACGCGGUAUGACACAAGACCUAAGUUGGGAUAAUGCUGCUCAUAACUAUGAGGAAGUUGUUGUUGCUGCUAAGUAUCAGUGGUGAGACUCAUUACGCGUCUGUAUAUGUCAACUUGUGGCCAUACUGUCAGGUUUAAUGAAGGUGUUUCAGCUCUUCCCUCAAGGGUCCAAAUAUUGAGUUUUGCUGGGUAUAUCGCAUUGCUCCAAUUUUGCUUAUCCAAGGUAAGUUCUAAAACCUUGUCUUUCUCAGGUGACUGAAUUUCAGGGCCCGAUUUCUGGUCAUGAAACUGAGAGGAUGCAACAUAUUGGUUACUUCACGUAUGGUGGUCGUACUUGGUUAUAUAUAUCAUCAUGUAUAUAUUCUUUACAGUUACCAAGAUUUAAUUAUAUAUAGCCAAUCUCUACUCUUUUUUUGUUGAAAGUUUUAAGGAAUCAGCUAGUGUCAAAUAUCAUGCAUUAGAAUCAAUGACCCCAUUUUUUGUUA